UAUGGUUGGUUAAAACUGGCAAAAUGGACGACGACGUCUUGGACUCUUGGGAAGAUGCUGCAGACACUGGGGAGCUUGAAAAACGUAUGGAGCAAAGGGAAAAAGAGCUUCGUGUCAAAGAAGAAGUCGAAAAGAAUCAAGAAUUAAAGGGGCUAGCUGUUGGAGCAUUAGCACCUGCAGAAGAACUAGGGAGGUCAGAAUAUGUGCCUCAGAUAAGAAUCUUAAAACGUGAGAAUGGCCCAACGCUGCAGAACGUCAAACAAGUAGACAAGAAACCUUUAAAGACUUUGGCUGAAAAAGAAGCUGAAUAUGCUGCAGCAAGGGCACGAAUUUUAGGCUCCUACAGCAACGCACCUCCAGAGCAGGAAACAAAGAGAGUGAUCCUGACAAAUGAUACAUCGGUAGCUGGUGGAGGAAAUAAAACAUUUAACUAUGACGAAUUCCCUGGAGACGAAUACAAGAGGUAGUCAAUCAACGAGGUAUUAGAGAGAAAUCUAUUUUGUUUUUCAAAUGGCAUUUUUUAUAGUUUGGGUCGUUCAAGGUUUCUUACCAGUUUUUAAGGUAUUCGACUUGAUUAUGAAAUAGACGAUACUCUAGUCGUUACGAAACAAGGGCAUACAUCGCAUCAUGCUGGUAGGCCUUGUUUUAAAAAGAGUAGAACUGUUUCGCUUUUAUCGCGUUUUCAUUCUGACCGGGGUUUGCCGCUGCUGUUCAUAUCAAGCUGAAAUUACGAAACCCAUAUGUUGCGUUUUGUCGUAACUGUAGCGAAACGAUGAUUUCAAUGCCAUUAGAAGACACGCAAGUAUGAUACGCAGUGCUGAAAGACCAACACCAGGAUACGCUACGGUGGACGCUCGACGAACUGGUUUCUUACGAGUGCUUUCGACAAAAGGGAGGAUCAAAAUGCCCAUAGCUAUCAGGUAUUGACUUUCAAGUUCCAAGACUGUCAACAUCGGGAAUUAGCUACCUGUAUUCCUGGUCUAAAGGAUGCAUACAGUAUGAAAGCAAAUUGGAAGAAGUACUCCAUGUUAUCAGUCUCUAUGAUUGUGGAUAUUGCCAGGAGCAAAACUGUAAAUGAUCGAUCGCCAUUUCUAACAACGGUGCCAUAAAGCUGGAAGACCCACAGAAAAGAUGCAUAUUUAUAAAACUAAAACUGUUUGUAUAUUAAAGCGAGAUGUAAUCAGGUAUGGGAGUUUAAAUUUUCAUUUCGAGGGGAGAGCGGCUAAAUUAAAAUGCCAGAUAAGAGGGCCAUUUCAAAAGCAGGUAUUUUUGUUGAAUUCUGUGCAGACGGGUAACAAGUAAUCAUGCAGUUACCUCUAAACGAAUCCGUUGAUUGUAAAUUUAAUGCAUUUCAAAUUUUGUGGCAAUCUGCAACGCUAAAUUUUUGCUAGGGAUAGCAUUUGGGAAUCUGCUGAAUUUCGUAGCGAUGUUGAAAUUUGAUUUACUACGUUAUGGGUUAGUCCGGACCUGUAUUUCUACGCGUAAGGCCUUUUAUAACCCCGGAAAACCCUUUUAUUGUCUGCAGCAACCACAAGAGGUUCCUGGGAUAUUGUUGGAAUAUGAUAAAUACUGUGUAAAUGUAUUUGCAACUCGUUUUUUGGAUCUGUUACCAAUUGCUGUGUUUUUCGUGUUGAAGUUCGUAAACAAGGUUGACGUUUAGUUGAAACAUCGAUAAAAACAAUUUCAUCGUGGGUUGUUUGAUAAAUUUAGUAUUUUAUGAAAAUGAAUUUUCUUGAAAUGUUAAAACACCAUUUGAUAGUUCAUAGUAGAAUGGUUGUUUCAUGUAGAUAUUACGAGUAAGCAUUUCUUCCGGCUAUUUCCUCUUGAUGGCGCUUUGGAAUUGCAACUCGGUUAGAGUUUACAAUACAAUAAAAAUUGCGCAAUCUAAUUCAAUGCUUUUAAACAUCUCAGAGAAAGUGCAUUAGCCCCGAAAGGUUGUUGCUUCAUCAUUCGGACAGUUCGAGGAUAGAGUGCUCUGCAAAAUGAUCAAAGCUUUUCCUAAGAUUAAUUUUAACAUUGCAGAUUUCAUAGAAAUUACUCUCGUAUGAGAAUCAUUUGCUUAGUUCAAAAGGAAGACCAUAUCAGCUUGUCUCGAAUAGGCUUCUUUACCCCAAAUUUGAUUAUUUCUGUAAUUAUUAUUUAUAUUUAUUUCCUCUCUUUGUUCGACAAAACUCUGUAAAAAGUUUUUCAUGGGAGAUUAAGUUUAUCUGCACUAAGGUGAUAUCUGUUUGGUCUGUAUACAUACGAACACCCUUGAUGAAAUUAUAAUAUCGCUUGACACUUUUGAAGGGUGAACAUUUUCAGACAUUUGAGAGAUUUUGUAUUUAACAACAAAGUUAAAAGUUAUUUGAUAAAUAAAGAGUACUGUGACGUUAAAAUAUAACAUGUUACACAAGUAAUGUUGUAUUUGUUUAAAGCAUGUCAAUGUUGAUAUUGCAAUUUACAUAGAAUUUUUUGAAUUCGGUUUUUCAGCUACAUUUGUCUGCAAGAAUAUUGCUUUAUUGAUAAGCUUUGUACUUGG